GAGUAGAGUGUGGCUGCUUCUGCUUUUCUCGAGUUAAAAAACAGGAGGAAGAAAAAAAAAACUGUGUUUCUGUAUUGUAUGUGUGGUUCUGUUUCAAUCUCGAAAAGAUCAUUUCUGGUUGGUUGGCCUCUCUCAGGUCCUUCUUAUCUUCUCUCCCUCUCACUUUAGCUUUUGCGGUACAGAAGCUUCCUUCCUUUUUUUGGCUCUUUUUUUUUAUAUGAUCAAAGUUUGCAUUUUUAUUUGGGCAUUUAUAUCUUUUGGUUGGUUUCCUCAAAUGGGUUGAAUGUUCUUCCUUUUCUAGCCUAAGGGUUUCCUUUUGUGUGGUUGGGAUCACUCGAAAAAGGGCUUUUUACAUUCUGAGUGUCUAAGCUCUUAAAGCAAUGAGCUGCUGAAUCCGACAUGGUUCCAGUUAGAGUUGAGAAUCCAGAGAACUCAUUGCCUACUUAUUGGUGGUUUCUAGUUAGUAGCCUUUUGCGGAUGAUAGAUGGAAGACUCUUCAAACUCCAACUCUAGAGGGUUCCUCAAUACCUCUGGCGUUUCAGACAGGAACACUGAGUUCUCACCGCUCGAGAGAGUCACACCUCGUUCGAAACCGUUAAGCGUGUUUGGUAGCAGCGCACACAAAUCCAGCGAAGAAGAUUCUUUAGGGAUUGAUGACCCUUUUGUUAGAUCCUUGGAAUGGGGCGAUGUCAGCUUGAGACAGUGGCUGGACAAGCCUGAACGGUGCGUAGACGUUUUCGAGUGCUUGCACGUUUUCAGACAAAUCGUGGAGAUUGUGAAUGUGGCUCACUCUCAAGGCAUUGUUGUUCAUAACGUUAGACCUUCUUGCUUUGUCAUGUCUUCGUUUAACCAUGUUUCAUUCAUUGAGUCCGCUUCUUGCUCCGACUCGGGGUCUGCUGAUUCCUUGGAGGACGGUCCAGUUAGCCAUAAGAAAAGAGAGGACGCUGGAUCCUAUAACAAUAUCUUGGAGAGGCAAGUAGAGAAGCUAGAGGAAGAGAAGAAGCAACCGUUUCCGAUGAAACAUGUGUUAGCGAUGGAGACGAGUUGGUAUACAAGCCCUGAAGAGGAGUUUGGUUCUACGAGUACUUGUGCUUCAGAUGUCUACCGUCUUGGUGUUCUUCUUUUCGAGCUGUUCUGUCCUGUGCCUUCAAGAGAAGACAAGUCAAGAACCAUGUCUAGUUUAAGACAUCGUGUGCUUCCGCCUCAGAUACUGCUCAAAUGUCCUAAAGAAGCUUCUUUCUGCUUGUGGCUCUUGCAUCCAGAGCCAAGCUGUCGACCAUCAAUGAGUGACUUGCUGCAAAGCGAGUUUAUGACCGAACCAAGAGAUAAUCUGGAAGAACGUGAAGCAGCAAUAGAGCUUAGGGACAAAAUCGAGGAACAGGAGUCGUUACUCGAGUUCUUGUUGAUGAUUCAACAGAGAAAGCAGGAGUCUGCUUAUAGAUUGAGGGAUACAGUUUCACUUCUUUCUUCAGACAUCGAGCAAGUUGCGAAGAGACAGUUAGUUUUGAAGCAAAAGGGAAGCUCAUACUCUGAUCUCGGCUUCCUGGAAGAGCCUUCAACAUUAUUGGCUUCAAGAAAACGGUUUAGACAAGUGAUUCCCCCAGAGGAAACGGACGACGAGGAGAGUCAAGGAAGAAGCACGUUUCUUGAAAGCUCCAGGUUGAUGAGAAACUUCAAGAAGCUAGAAACCGUCUACUUUCUGACAAGGCGCAGGCAACUCAAAGCUGCUGCUUCGGGGAAGUCAUUAACUAGACAUUCACCGUUAAGCAGCGAAAACGGAAGAGGUUCGGAGAAAAGCUCAGUAAGCAACUCUGCAGCACCGAAAGAUCUUUCCCAAAAUGAUUCAAGACAAGGAGGGUGGAUAGACCCUUUCCUUGAGGGUUUGUGCAAAUACUUAUCAUUCAGUAAGCUCAGAGUGAAAGCAGAUCUAAAACAAGGAGACUUGUUGAACUCUAGUAACCUUGUUUGCUCCCUUGCGUUUGACCGAGAUGGAGAGUUUUUCGCUACUGCUGGUGUCAACAAGAAGAUCAAGAUCUUUGAAUGUGAUUCCAUUGUUAACAAUAACCAGGACAUUCACUAUCCGGUUGUGGAGUUGGCUAGCCGGUCAAAGCUGAGUAGUGUAUGCUGGAACAGCUACAUAAAGAGUCAGAUUGCAUCAAGUAACUUUGAAGGCGUUGUUCAGAUAUGGGAUGUUGGAAGAAGCCAGUUGGUUACAGAGAUGAAGGAGCACAAGAAGAGAGUGUGGUCCAUCAAUAUUUCAUCAGCAGACCCGACUUUGCUAGCUAGUGGAAGCGAUGAUGGAACCGUUAAGCUAUGGAGUAUCAAUCAGGGAGCUAGCAUUGGAACCAUCAAGACAAAGGCCAAUGUAUGUUGUGUCCAGUUUCCAUCAGACUCGGGGCGGUCUUUAGCAUUCGGCUCUGCAGAUCACAAAGUGUAUUACUACGAUCUUAGGAAUCCCAAGAUUCCUCUUAGCACAAUGGUUGGUCAUGGUAAGACAGUGAGUUAUGUCAAGUUUGUGGAUUCGUCUACUCUUGUGUCUUCUUCUACUGAUAACACGCUGAAGCUUUGGGACUUAUCCAUGUCUGCCUCUGGUGUUAACGAAACGCCUCUUCAUUCAUUUGCUGGACACACUAAUCUAAAGAACUUUGUUGGCUUAUCGGUCUCUGAUGGGUAUAUAGCUACAGGCUCAGAGACUAACGAGGUUUUCGUGUACCACAAGGCAUUCCCAAUGCCGGUGAUGUCGUACAUGUUCAGCAACACUGACUCUACAUCUGGUCUAGAAGUUGAUGAUGCCUCACAGUUCAUAUCUUCCAUCUGCUGGCGAGGACUGUCGUCUACCUUAGUCGCUGCUAACUCCAAUGGCAACAUCAAGAUUCUGGAAAUGGUGGCGUGAUGGUAGUUUCUUCUUGGCAAGAGAUCUGUUUUGUUGGGAGUACUAUAGGAUAAAACAAUUGUUACCAAAAAAAGAAUAGGAUUGUGUAUAGAAAGGGAGGAUACAAAUAUUGAAUCUUUGUAUUUGUAUACUAUGUUUAUACAUUGAAACAUCUCAAUAAAAAAAAAAAAAGAUUAUAAUUUUUA